AUGGCGUCCACACCUCGCAGAUACCUGCGCUCUGCACCGCAAUUCAAGAAUCCCACCACACCCAAACCCAAGAAAUCCUCUGCGUACGGCGUUAACCCAAUUCACAGUAAAUCAUCCUACCAGACCUCCGUCGUCGGCGGCGACAAGAUCGUGCUGCUCGACUGCUUCGCCACCUGGUGCGGCCCUUGCAAGAUGAUCGCCCCGAAAAUCGCGCAGAUGUCCGGCGAGGACAAGUACAAGGAUGCGGUUGACUUCUAUAAGUUGGAUGUUGAUGAGGUUAGCGACGUUGCGGCUGAGCUGGAGAUUCGGGCGAUGCCGACUUUCUUGGUGUUCAAGAAUGGCGAGAAGGUUGAGGAGGUUGUUGGCGCGAAUGAGAAGGCUAUUCGGGCUGCGUUGGAUAAGCAUCUGUGA